AGUUGGCUGCUCUGUCAGCUCUUUGUUCAUAGUAGCAACGGUUGAACACUGUCAGCGUUUGCACUCUCACGGUUGACCGGUCUCAUUCGUAUUUCGGCGGUUAAGAAGGAAGAUAUUCUGUUACACUGAUCUGCCCGAUUCUUCUCGAAUAGAAGGACUUUCGUUUGUAUUCUUUUGUCGACGAUCAAGACGACACGAUGAAUGACACAUGGGGUCAGAACUCUUCUUAUUCCAACAAAAACACUCAAUUUUCUUACAACGAAGGUGGGCGUAGCUAUGGAAAAGGACGUGGUUUUAUAAUACCGAAUAACAAUAAUGAGGACAACUACAGCGUGGGCAAUAAAAGCCACAAUCCUUUUGGAGACGAUGAAGACAAUGAUGGUAAUAACUGGACAUACAAUGACGACAGUAACGAUGAUUUUAGGACAAAUGAUAGAAAAGGAAGAUGGGGAGAAGGAAAAGGCAAAGGAGGUAACAGUAAGGGAGGAGGAAGAGAUAGAGACAGCGGCAAAGGAGGAGGAUUUAGAAGUAGAAACGAACAUUCCAAUGAUAAUCGUAAUUAUAGAAAGAAUAAUGAUUAUGACAACGAUUAUAAUGGCGAUGAUCAAAAUGACGGAAAUGAUAAACGGAGAAGAAAUUUCAAUAGGGACGAUAACAACGACGAUAUGGAGGAACCGCAGAAACCUAAAGAACACUACGUUCCACCGGACUUGCCCGCCGACGAAAGAAUGUUGUUUGAGAAUUGUGUCGAAAUGGGCAUCAAUUUCGACAAAUACGACUUCAUUGAAGUUAACGUGAGUGGAGAGAACGUACCUCGGCCGAUAGAAUGUUUCGAGGCAGCCGGUCUUAGAAACAUUGUUUUAGAGAACAUAAAAAAGUCAGGGUACACAAAAGUCACUCCAGUGCAGAAACAUGCCCUUCCGAUUAUAAUGAGCGGCCGAGAUUUAAUGGCCUGCGCACAAACAGGCUCAGGGAAAACUGCUGCUUUUGCGGUUCCCAUUAUAAAUAUGUUGUUGGCAAGGAAUGCCGAACUAGUUGUGACUUCUUCACACUGUGAACCGCAAGUCGUUAUAGUAUCGCCUACUCGGGAGCUUACUAUACAAAUAUGGCAGCAGAUUGUCAAAUUUUCACUGAACUCAAUUUUAAAGACUGUAGUUGUAUAUGGCGGAACAUCUAUCAAUCAUCAAAGGGGAAAGCUUUCCGCAGGUUGCCAUAUACUCGUAGCAACACCUGGAAGAUUAUUGGACUUUGUAGAAAAAGGGAGAAUCAAGUUUUCUUCUUUGCAGUUCUUUGUCCUGGACGAAGCCGAUCGUAUGUUGGACAUGGGAUUCUUACCUGACAUUGAAAAGAUUGUAGAUCACGAUACAAUGGUACCACUGGGUGAAAGGCAAACGUUAAUGUUUUCUGCCACUUUCCCGGACGAAGUGCAAUACUUGGCGAAACGAUUUUUAAACAAUUAUUUGUUCCUGGCGGUUGGUAUAGUGGGUGGAGCUUGUUCCGACGUGGAGCAAAACUUUUACGAGAUUCCCAAGAACAAGAAGAAAGAUUUGCUCAGAGAAAUCUUAGAAAGGGAAAACGACGCUGGUACAUUAGAUGGUACAUUGGUGUUUGUUGAAAUGAAGAAGAGAGCAGACUUUAUUGCAGUUUUCUUAUCCGAGAAUAAUUACCCCACCACCAGUAUUCACGGCGAUCGAUUACAACGACAAAGAGAAGAAGCACUGGCUGAUUUUAAAAGUGGAAGAAUGUCCGUUUUAGUAGCCACAGCUGUUGCCGCCAGAGGCUUGGACAUAAAAAAUGUAUCGCACGUUAUAAACUAUGAUUUGCCAAAGGGAAUCGACGAGUAUGUUCACCGAAUCGGUAGAACUGGCCGUGUAGGAAACCGAGGAAGAGCGACUUCUUUCUUCGAUCCUGAGGAUGAUGCACCGCUGCGAGGCGAUCUUGUCAGAAUAUUGAAACAGGCAGGGCAACCUGUUCCAGACUGGAUGAUGGGUGGAAACGCGAGUAGAAACUUUAUGCCAGGGAAAGGUACAAGCAAAUUCGGCGGCGCAGAUAUUAGAGGGUUUGGAGCGACCGAAGAUGAGUAUGGCGAAGAAUCGUUCAUGCCAUCCACGGCAAAUGAACCAGAGGAAGCGUGGUAGGAAGUCACUCGGUUCUUUUUUCUUUUGUUUCUUUACUUUUUUUGUAUUACUGUUAGCAACAUUCUUUACUCGUUAAGUCGGAGGUACAAAUAGUUUUCUAUUCAUUGAAACUUUAUUUAACGUUAGUCAAUGUUGAUGAUCAAGGAGAUUAACAAGCGAUAGCGACUUGUCUUUUUUUAAAUAACGAUUAGUGUCUUAUUUAAGUGAAACAGACUGGAUUAUGUACCUCUUUAGAAACGUAAGUUAUAUUUGAGAUAAUAUAAUGUUAAUUUUGUUGAUCUGGCGAGUUUAACUUCAAGACAUGAUGCGUAAUUUGCGAAGAAAGACAGCUGUAAAUGCAGCUUGUACUGUAUCGAUCGUACAAAUAUUAGUUUUAUAAGAACAAAUUAUAAGCUUAUGAUGAACACGUAAAAACAAUGUUUUAUUUUAUAAAAUGGUAGUCUAAACAGUUAUGUUAAGUGUUUUGUACGUUCUUUUUAUAAUAAAAAAAGUUAUAAUGAAA